AUGGCGCUUGUUGAAGUAACAAACAUAAUUUUUGAAAAUGAAUUGGCUUUAUUCUAAACUCCAAUCUCAUUACAAAUAACAUUUGAAGUUCUAAAUGAUUUAAGUGAUGAAAUAGAAUGGAAGUAAAAUAAUUAAUAUUAAAUUAGUUUAAUUUAUAUUGGAUCUCCUUUAAGUGAGAAAUUUGAUUAAGUUUUAGACAAUUUUAGCAUGGGUCCAUUAUAAAGAGGAGUAAUGUAGUUUACAAUUACGAGUCAACCUCCUAAUUACUAAUUGAUUCCAACAAAAGAAGAUUUGUUUAGUGUAUCCGCCUUAAUAUUGACCGCCAAAUAUAGGUAAAAGGAAUUUUUUAGAGUUGGUUAUUAUGUUUACAAUAAUUACACAGAAGCAGAGUUAAUUGAAAAUGAACCAUAAGUAGUAUUAAUUGAUAGAGUUUAUCGACAAAUAAUGGGAAGUAAUCCAAGAAUUACAAAAUUUCCAAUUGAUUGGGAAGGAUAAUUAACAUAACUUUAUGUUCUUCCAACAAAUUAAUAGUUUAUGUUUGAGUCUAUGAUUCAACAAUAAUAGAAUAAUAUUGGAAUGCAAACUGAACAAAAUGAACAAGUCUAAUAGGGAUAAUAGAGUAAUAGUACAUUCACUCAAAAUUUAUUUUGA